UCAAUUAAGUGAUAAAUCACCAAUAAUAAUGGGGGUGAUGCGAGCCCGGCUUUAACAUACUGAUAUAUGUUACACAAUUUGACAAAAAGAAAACACUUGCAAUAUGGAAAUCGAGGAAGCACUAACCGAUGAACAAAUAGUCGCAUGUUACGAUGCGAUCAUGGAAUUACGGCCACACAUUAAAACCGAAUCGGAAUUGGUUACAAAAGUGAAAUUGCAAAAUGAAAUGGGAUAUCGCCUAAUGUAUAUUAAGGACAAGGAGACGGGGAAAGUUGCAAGCAUUUGUGGAUUUCGCAUAACGCACUACUUAUUCACGGGCAAGACUCUUUAUAUAGACGAUCUUUGCACAUUACCUUUUGCUAGAGGUAGAGGUCAUGGACGAGCGUUGAUAGAUUGGACUGUAGAGUUGGCUAAAAAUGAGAACUGUGACGUAGUUAGUUUAGACAGUGGUUACACCCGUAACACAGCCCAUCGUUUAUAUCUGAACUCUGGAUUUAAUAUAAAUUCUCAUCAUUUUGCAAUGAAACUGAAAUAAAUUACUGUUCAACUUUGAUCGGUUGAGUUGUUGUUGCAUAAAAUUACAUUCAAUCAAUUUACUAAUAAGACGACGACACCCACACUCAUAUGUGUUACUUGCUUGUAAUGAAUUCAUUCUGUGAAUUUGAGUUACGAUUUUGUAUAAUGCGAUAAUGAUUGUUGUAUGGUUUAUCGAAUUAAACGAAUAAAAGAUAACAA